UAUUUGUUGGGGUAGUCUGCGACGAUUAAUACAGUGAUAAUUAACUUAUCCCGCCCAGUGUUUUUGGCUUUUAUUUAUAGCAUCGCAGAGAGCACUUCCAUGCUAUAUAAACGUAUAUCGAUCAUGUCGGAAGACGACGGAUUGCAUGGGAAUUGCUCAGUUCGCUCUGAAUCGCCAAAUGGCCAACAACGCCCGCAUCGAACACACGUCCUCCGAGGGACAUGAAGGGGAUGCCACCUGCGUGGCGUACUUCGAUGGGCAGCUGUUCUCCGGAGGCGCUGACGGUAAAAUCCGAAUCUGGUCACCGGAGCUGCAAAUACUGGCCACUGUGAAUGCUCACGAGGCUUACAUAUACUGCAUGGCCAUCAACCAGCACGGGAAGGUUUACUCGAGCAGUUGCGAUGGCCAGGUGCACUACAUGCUACCUCCUUAUGGAGAGGAAGCGGUGAAGGAGCUAUUCCGCUGCGACAACGCCAUCCAGGCGAUGUACUGCGACGGAUCCGUGCUUUAUACGGGAGAUGACAAGGGCGUGGUGACCACCUGGAGCAACGACCGCAUGCUCUUCAAGUACAACCUGGUGGAGGAGGUCAAGUCUCUGGCCGGCGAGCAAAAGCUCAUCUACACGGUUCGCGACCUGGACGUGGUGGUUUCCCAGGUGGCGGAGGGCAAAUCCGGCAAGUACAGCAACAAGGCUGUGAUCGCAGGCAAAUCGCCUCUUCGUCUUCUUGGCCCACUGGUAGAUGGGAAACGAAGUUUUCUCGUCUUUCCCGAUCGGUCUGGGAUGGGUUUGCAGCUGGUCAACAAUCUUCCGCAGCAACAGUAUGCCCAAGUUUGGCACAUGCCGGACUGCCACGAGUGGAUCGUAAACGCCAUUUGCGGGGAUGAGGCCUAUUUGUACACUGGCGGAUACGACAAAAAGGUCAAGGCAUGGACCGAUCUGGGAUCCGCACAGCCAAAAGCCCUGGGCGAGGUGGAUGUGGGCAGCUGGGUAAACAGCAUGUGCUGCGGCGACAACAACAUAGUGUAUAUAGCAAGCAGCGAUGGAUUAAUACAUAGCGCAAAGUUUUUAUAGUUUCAAAGCCAUCUUGUCAUCUCAGAAAAUAGGAAACGAUUUAUAUGGCUGUCAAAUCCCACCUGGCCCUCGAUCCAGCUCGCCACAGUGAGCAGUAACUGCUCGUUGAGGCUAUUGCUCAUCAGCUGAAGACUCAAUGGCAAUCCAGCCUGGGACAAU